ACCAUUUCAACGAUGAAAAAACGUUAAACACUUUAAAUACCAGAGAAAAAAAUAAUGGAACGUAAUGUUAGAAAUAAGAAUAACAAUGAUGAAAAGGAGCAAUUUAAAAAAAAGUGUGACUGUCAUAAACCGAAGGGUCUCCAUCAUUUUAAAUGCGUUCCACAACACUUGCAAUUCAAUAAAUACGUACUCGAAGGCUACCGUAUGAAUCUCAGCACAUGGGAGUGUAUAAAGAGUUUGUUUUAUUGGCACAACGAAACAUUCAAUAUCUAUUCGCAUGGUGGGUGGCACAUUAUGUACGGAGAACUGCUUGUUAUUAAUUUUUGUCUUGCUGCCUUAACUUUGUUGCUGAUUAGUCCAUAUGUUUACAGUAAAGUUGCAAUGUUACAAUCUGAUCCAUAUUUGUACCCAAUUCACCAUGUCACAUGCAUAUCAUGUUUCCUGCUUAGUGCUGUCUACCAUCUUAUGAUGUGUCACAAGGGUGGACAGAAGGCUUACACUUGCUUCAUCUUGCUCGAUUAUGUUGGUAUAUGGCUUGUCACUGCUUUAUGUUGUAUAACAUUUGUGAAAGCAACAUUCUUUUGUUUUCAUCUUCUCCAAUGGCCUUUUGUAGUCGCAUAUUUAACCAUGACAAUUGUCAGUUUUGUUUUAAUAACAAAAGGAUCCGAUGCAAAAUCCAGAUUGAAGCCUCUCAUAAUGUUAGGAAUGAUUCGGUUAUUCUGCUUGUAUCCAAUUCGAUUGUUAAUGGUAUUUUUAGGGUAUAAGACAGGCCCAUUGACGACGCUUUAUUACAUGCUAGCCAAUGAAAUGGUUGGUCUAGUUGGGGCUCUUUUAAAUGUGUCUCGUUUACCAGAAAAAUACAUUCAAGGGCGUUUUGACUACUGUUUUAACAGCCACAACAUUAUGCAUCUAAUAGUUUUGAUUGCACCACCUAUUUUGCAUCUUGCUACCAUUUUGGAUUUGGAAUGGAUGCUGGAAACUGAGUGCGCACUUUGAACACGUUCAAAAUUUUUGUAACUCAGCUAUUAGAUAAAACUUAUAUUGCUUAAAAUCAUUGUAUACAUAUAGACUAACUUUUCUAUUCAUUAUUCUGUAAAAAAAUAUUCUCAUACAAUUUGAUAUUUUUAUGAAUCAUCUUCA